GCCUACUGACCAGGAAAGGGUGCAGGAAGAGGUGCUCAGAGGGGGUGGUACUCAGAGAGGCCAGGGUACUUGGGUUAAUCAUCACUGUGGCUCAGAUAAGGCCCUGCCAGCUGGAAGCUGAGUUAGUGUGACAGAAAGGUUUGCGUGGCUGAAGAGGCAGGCAUGACAGGGUGUCCACAGCGUGUGACCAUGCCGGGCACAAAACGGUUUCAACAUGUGAUUGAGACCCCAGAGCCUGGCAAGUGGGAGUUGUCUGGGUAUGAGGCAGCCCUGCCAAUCACAGAGAAGUCAAACCCACUGACCCAGGACCUGGACAGAACAGAUGCUGAACAAAUUGUUCGCUUGCUGGGGCAAUGUGAUGCUGAGAUCUUCCAGGAGAAGGGGCAAGUCAUGCCCAUGUACCAGUGACUGUAUAGUGAAUCAGUUCUGACCACCAUGGUACAAGUGGCUGGAAAAGUUCAGGAAGUGCUGAAGGAGCCUGAGGGCGGGGGGGGGCUGGUGGUGUUGAGUGGAGGGGGCAUCUCUGGCAGGAUGGCAUUCUUCAUGUCGAUAAUUGCUCCUUUGCUUUGUCAGAAAGGUUUAGGACAGAAACCUCUUUAUACCUACCUCAUUGCAGGAGGUGACAGGUCUGUGGUGGCAUCUAGGGAGGGGACAGAAGAUAGUGCUCUGCACAGGAUUGAGGAACUAAAGAAGGUGGCUGCUGGGAAGAAGAGGGUGAUUGUCACUGGUAUUUCGGUGAGACUCUUUGCUCCCUUUGUGGCAGGCCAGAUGGACUACUGCAUGGAUAACCCAACCAUCUUCUUGCCAGUCCUGGUCGGUUUCAACCCCGUGAACAUGGCCAGAAAUGACCCCAUUGAAGACUGGCGUUCGACAUUCUGACAAGUAGCAGAAUGGAUGCAGAAACUGCAAGAGAAACAGGAAGCUUUUGUGCUCAAUCCUGCAAUUGGGCCCCCGGGCCUCAGUGGCUCAUCCUGGACGAAAGGUAGAAACGCUACCAAGAUCCUGUUGGAAACCCUGUUACUGGCAGCGCACAAGACUGUGGACCGGGGGGCAUUCCUUUCUCCCAGAUGCCUUCUGGAAAUCCUGUGGACAUUUGAGCGGGCUCAUCAGGUGACCUAUAGCCAAAGCCCUAAGAGCGCCACCCUGAUGAAGCAAGCCAGCACCAGCCUGGAGAAAAAAGGCUGAGUGUACCUGGUUGGUUGGCAGACCCUUGGCAUCAUUGCCAUCAUGGAUGGAGUGGAGUGCAUCCACACCUUUGGUGCUGAUUUCCGAGAUGUCCGUGGCUUUCUCAUUGGUGAUCACAGUGAUAUGUUUAACCAGAAGGCUGAGCUCAUCAACCAGGGUCCCCAGUUCUCCUUCUCCCAGGAGGACUUCCUGACUUCCAUCUUGCCAUCCCUCACAGAAAUUGACACUGUGGUCUUCAUUUUUACCCUGGAUGACAACCUCAUGGAGGUGCAGACGCUGGUGGACCAGGUGAAAGAGAAGACUGCCAACAUCCAGGCCUUGGCACACAGCACUGUGGGGCAGUCCCUGCCGGUGAGGGUCCAGCCUUUAGGAGGGAACCUUGGGUGGCAGUUACAGCAAGGCCUUCCUGGAGAUCUUCUUCUGUUCCUCUUUCUGUCUCUCUUUCUCCAGACCCCUCUGAAGAAACUCUUCCCCUCCAUCAUCAGUAUCAUGUGGCCACUGCUUUUCUUCGAAUAUGAAGGGCACUUUAUCCAGGUAUGGAGCAUGAGAAAGUAUUAUCUAUAGAAAAGAACUCAGAAGAGGAGGGAUUCCAGAAAUUAGAAAACUCGAGGCUAGUGGGUAGAAAGCUUUGUUGGACUUCCACAAAGCCAGCUGGGCAAGUUCUUGGGCUACCAGGUCACUGGUCAGAGUUUCCAAGGCAGUGGCUCAGUUUUCUCCAGAAAUAUGCAAAAAAGAAAAAUGCAAAAAAGGCCAGACCACCAAUCACUUGACAGAUACUCAUUGGUCCUUUGUUACAGGUUCACUGUCAAUACCAUAGUCAUCCUCACUAUACAAAAGUCUUUAUGGUGUAGGUUUGCAAGUUUACUAUGCUGAAUUCACUGCAGGCAAUAUUACACUGAUACGGAUCCUGUUUACCAGUAAAAUUAUAAUCUGGUACACCCAUGAUGAUAACCACAGAAAUAAUAAUCACCCUGGGUGCACUUUGCAGUUUAGAGUUUGAAGUGGACAUCAGGACAUCUGGGUGUCAGUUCAGCUGUGCUUUGUAGCCCAAGAAAGAAAGCAGUUUUAUGUCUCUGGCCCUCAGUUUUCUCACUCAACACCUGUUUACCAUCCACAGGGCCCAACGAGGGCCCUGAAGGUUUGCCCUAGAGAGCCAUGGUCUCAUCCAUUAUUCAGAUCACCUCCUCCAGGAAGUUUCCUAACUCGAGCAGACAACAGCUGGAAUGUUGCCUUACCUGUACUCAGCUCACCAGAAGCCCUUCUCCCCCUGAGCCAGGGGAUCCAUGCUCCUUCCAACAUGUAUCUUUAUCUUCCUUUCCAAAUGCUCUUCAUUCGUCAAAACUUUACUUUUUGGCAUACCUUCCACAUUCAUUGUCUCCUUUGAGAUCUCACAUCUUCUAAGAAGUCUUCUCUGAUUAAACCCACAUUGUCUAGGCUCCUCCUUUAUGUGAUAUACCUCUCCACACUUACAGGGUUUAUUAUACAGUCAUCAUACCUAAUACACAUGUAGGCCUCUGCACUUUGCAAGGUAUUUCAUUUAUAAUAUCAGUUCUUAUAACAGUCUCCUAAAGGAUGUAUGUUUAAUGUCCCCCAUAUCUCAAAUAAGGAAGUUGAAACUAAGAGAUUAAGGGAUUAUAAUCAUGGCCACACAACUAAAGCAGGAGUCAGGACUGGAACCCCAGUCUGGUGACUCUAAGUCCGUGGCUGAUUUCGCUGUACAAUAUACACUUUGGCCAUACCUGUGAGUUGAGCCAGAUUCUUUUAUUAUUCAUUCAACAAAUAUUGUUUAUACACAUAUCACAUGCCAGGUACUAUUCCAGGGUUAGGGGAUACAGUAGAGAGUGUUAACCUGUGAUCUUUCAAAAGAUAUCUGUAUUUUUAAAGAAAAUUGUAAUUAUAAUAGCAAUAUUUUCAUUGUAAAAACUUUAGAAAAUACAGAAAUCAAAAGAAGGAAAAAAGUAUCCAUAACAGCCUUCUUCCCAAAAACCACUUAGACAAAUUAUGGAGAAUGUCCCUCUAGACUUUUUAUGCAAAUGUAAGUAUAUUUAUACAAAAAUAGGACCAUAUUUGACAUGGUGUUUUUAACUUGCUUCUCUUCAUUGAAAAUUAUGAGCACCUUUCUGCACAAUUAUAUCCACAUCAUCGUUUUUAAUGUUAAUGUAGUAUCCUGCUGUAUGGAUGUACCAUAAUUUGUUCACUUUUCCCUCCAUUGUUAGACAUUGUAGAUAGUUUCGAUAUCAUGGCUUUAAUCAAAAUACAGCACUGAACAUCCUUCUACAUGUAUUUGACUGUUUCAUGAGGAUAAGCCCUGGGAUGAACCUCAAAAGUCAAAUCACUGGGCCAAAAGGUGUGUAAAAUGUUAAGGCUUUUUUUUAAAUUAAAAAUUGUUUAAUGUUUAUUUUUUGAGAGAGAGAGAGAGCACAAGCAGGGGAGGGGUGGAGAGAGAGGGAAACAGAAUCUGAAGCAGGCACCAGGCACUGACCUGUCAGCACAGGGCCUGACCCCAGGCUUGACUCGGGGGCUCCAUGGGACUCGAGCUCUUGGACCUCCUCAAGAUCAUGACCUGAGCCAGGGUCAGAUGCAUAACCAACUGAGCCACCCAGGCGCUCCAAGGCUUUUGGAUACAGGUUGUCAAAGUGAUCUAAAAGGUUUGUAAACAAAGUAGAAAAUUGCUUGUUCCCCCAUACCCUUUGAAUACUGGGUAGCAUUGUUCUUUUUAAUCUUCACUAAUCAGCAAAGAAAGCGAAAUAGAACAAAAAGCACUCAGUGUUGUUUUAAUUCAUAUUCCUUUGAUGACUAUGGAAAAGUGUGUGAUGGGCAUUGAAGAGGGCACUUGUUGGGAUGAGCACUGGGUGUUGUAUGUAAGCCAAUUUGACAAUAAAUUAUAUUAAAAAAAAAAAGAUUAAAGGGCGCCUGGGGGACUCAGUCAGUUGAGCUUCUGAGUCAGAAGCUCAGUCACUUGAGCUUCUGAGCUGGGGUCAUGAUCUCAUGGUUCUUAGGUUCUAGUUCCGUGUCAGGCUCUAUGCUGCCGGUGGGGAUCCUGCUGGGGAUCCUGUCUCUCUUUCUCUCUCUUUGUCCUUCCCUGCUUGCUCUCUGUCUCUGUCUCCAAAAAAAAAAAAAAAAAAAAGUAUAUAUUGGCCAUUGAAUUUUUUUUCUUUAUUAAAUUACUUCUUCAUACCUUUUGGGAAUAUUCACCCAUUCUUUUAGAAGUGUCUAUUUUUCUUACUAAUUAUAAGAGGGAGUGUAUAUAGCAAGGAUAGCAGCCAUUUUUUCCUGUUCUAUAUUUUCCCCUAGUUUAUUACUAUUUUUUAUUUCUAUGUUUUUGAUGUAGAGAUGAUUUACAUUUUUCGAUAGUCACAUCUAGCAAUAUUUUGUGUGUGUGUCUAUGGCUUCUGUCUUUUGCUUGAAUCCAGUUUGUAUCUUUCUAAAUGUAUAGCAAUUGUUUGAAAUAAGGAGGUUUCCAUUAGUAAAUCUUUAGUUGCAGAAAUAUUUUUGAUGUAAACUCCCACACAUUUUUUCCUCCCACACUUUUAUUUUGAAAAUUUUCCACCCUACAGAAAAAUUGCAAAAAUAGGACUGUGAACACCCAUACACUUUUCCCUAGAUUAACCAGUCUUUAACAUUUACCACAUCUGUUUCAUCCCUCUUUUCCUCUGAAUUAUUUAAAAGAUACUUGGAGGUAUGAUGACAAUUGACAUAAAUUACUGUGUCCCCUAAGAACAAGGACAUUUGCAUACGUAACUGCAAUAUAAUUAUCACACUCAGGAAAAUGACAGUGAAUACGUGAAUACUAUUAUCUAACAUGCAGACUGUAUUAAAACUUCCCCAAUUCUCCCUGUAUUAUUUUUAUUUCCAGGCCUAGGAUUCAAUCAGAGAUAAUGCAUUGCAUUUAGUCAUCAGGUCUCUUUAGUUUCCUUUAUUCUACGUGAGUUCUUUAGCUGCUUUUUGUGUCCCUUAUGACAUUGAUAGCAUAGAAAUCUGGACCAAUUUGAUUUUAGAAUGUGCUUCACCUUGGAUUUGCCUGAUUGUUUCUUCAUUAUAUUCAGGUGAAGUUUUUUGGCAGGAGUACUGCAUAGGAGUACUGAUAUCCUUUAUCAGCCUAUCACAUUAGGAGGCACCUGAUAUCAGUUAGUCCCUUUAUUGGUGAUGCUAUGUUUGAUCAGUUACUCAAGGUAGUAUCAGAUUUCUUUGUGUCCUGUUCCUUAGCAAUCUUUCACCCAAUGGUUUUAGCAUGCACUGGUGGUUCUUGGUUGAAUCAAUUAUUACUAUGGUGGUUUUAAAAUGGUGAUUUUCUAUUUCUAUCCUUAUUUC